GUCACGGUUGAUUAAGGCGUAUAAUUAAUAUAAAAAUAUUAAUCGGGAAUUGGUGUAGUCUCGUCUUGCCUUGGUGCUUUGUUUGUGUAAUAAAUUACCUCGCUGAUCAGCCACAUUUUCUCCACCACAUGCGGAUGUGACGGUUGGAAUUGUUUGAACAUAAUGCGAUUACUUCACAUUAAAUUCGAUUGUAUUCUUUUCUUACAGAGAUGAAUUUCGCAUAUGUGCAAUAUUUUACUGGAACAGCACGACCUAAGACUAUCAUCAGUACAUCUGCAAUUAAAAACUUUGAACCGAGAAGUGAGGAUGACUACAAGAAGGGUCACCUCUAUGAUGCUUUGUUGACUCCAGACGGAGGGGAGCCGGGCUGUUUUAAAGCCCAAAUACUACUUUUGGCAGACUCAAAGUCGUCGAUCGAGGAGAGGAUCAAAAGGGGCAAGAGGAUCCCUCUACCUAAAGUCCUUGACCAGGUUGUUGAGCACAGCAGUUCGGAAGACGACCAAGCAGCUCUUCGGGUCGAAAUGGCUCAGCAGAAAUUGAAUCGUACAAGAGAAGCAACAGCAAAGAUGAAGCAAAUAAUUUCAGAAAAGUUGUCUCAGAAGCGCAAGAACCCACUUUUCCCAGAGGCUCGGAGUGCCAAGCAUGCCAGGUACGAAAGCCACAGUGAUACAGACAGUGGGGAUGAUGGUGCUGUUGUUCCCAAAAAGUUGUACGACGAUCUCCAUCAGAAGUAUCUUGCCCUAAAAAGAACUACAAGGGAACUUAAGGAAGACGUUGAAAAGAUGCGUACAAGAGAGGCCAAAAACACAGACAUUCUGGAUGUGAUUCUUGAGGGUGUAAACAGCAUCAAAUCAAAGCUCGAGAGCACUGGAGCAGGAUGCUCAAUAAAUGCAAACACCAAGCAUGAUAUCGUGAAGAAGGCUAAACUCAGAACUGACGGAAGAACGGUCUGUGUAAAUGACAGUGUUACCCUUAGUUUGGACCAAUGGGUCGCCUGUCAGCGACAAAAAAAAGAGUCCAAGUUUGUGAGGAGUCUGGCUACUGCCAUAUGGGGACGCAAUAUUUUGAAAAAUCGAUCUACGAGUGGCAAGGUGUCUAACCGUUUGAUAAAUGAUGGAGGUGCUGCGAAGCCACCACUGACUCCAACAAAACUUAAUGUGCUAGAAGCAUGCUAUGAGGACUGGCUACGUGAACAUGGCGCCAGUGGCGAUGUGUUGGCUGAGCGGAUGGCAGCAAUGACCACACACAUAAACAGCGCCGUACGUGACCUGGGCCGUGACGUGCGGCAUGCGCAAGGUACUGACCAAGAAUAA